UCAAUUUCUUGAGGUGUGUGUGACGUAGCUGUCAUGUGUUUCAGGUAUGGGCCAGCACAGCCUCCUGGGCAAGACCAGACGGCCCCGCACCGCCUUCACCUCCCAGCAGCUGCUCGAGCUGGAGAAGCACUUCAGGGAGAACAAGUACCUCUCCAGGCCCAAACGCUUCGAGGUGGCUACCAGCCUCAUGCUCACAGAGACUCAGGUAAAGAUAUGGUUCCAGAACCGGCGGAUGAAGUGGAAGCGCAGCAAGAAGGCGAUGUCGGAGAACCGCAAGGAACAGCGGCAGAAGGAUGGAAAGGAAAACUCUAGCGGGAAAGAAGACCGGGGGAAGGACGGCUGCUCUACGGGCUCUGGGGCCACGGAGUCUCAGGAAGAGCCGAUGGCCAAUCAAGAGUCCGACGACGAGAUCGACGUGCAAGAGGACACCGUAGGAGGCGACGAGGGGCCGGAAGCGAGGAACGACGAGCCUCUGUCCUCGCCAAGUCCUCCCACACAACUGUCGCAGCAGCAGCCGGCCGAGUCCUCGACGGCGUCUUCGCCCGACCCUCGUCGCUUCGACCCGCUCUACGACAGCAUCCACGCCCACGCCGCGGCUAUGUCCCACCUCCAUGUUCCUACCCCGGUGGUGACUUCGUCAGGCGGGUCGUCGGUGUUCUCAGGGCAGUACCAACACGUGCCCCUCUCCGCUGCCAUCCUCACCAAGCUCCCUCCUGACGCGGAACACCUCUACAGACCUUACGUCUCGUGAGACAGCUUCUUGCAGUCGUGAAUCUUCAGCAUCAGCGCCUCCGCGCCAACCAGUGUAGGCUGGCAUCUUAGACAACACGAGCUCCACCCACCAUUCCUGAGAGACAUUAUAACACAUGACAAACACUCGAAGCUGUGUAUUGUACAUACAGUGAGGUAGUGUGUGCUGUGGAGUAAGCCAACUGUUGUGUAAGUGAAACAAAGCUGAACCUACAGCUUGGCCUGGCUGGCAAACAUUCCUAAACAAAAAAAAAUCACGCUCAAGCCUCAGCUUUUACCUAGCAAAAAAAUAAAACAAAACAAAAAAAUAAAAAAAAUUCAUGUAUAUACAUCACAGACUUUUGGCGGAGUUUCACAAUAUCCUGAGAGGACUUGACUGAGACCUCCUCCUGCUCCUCCUCCUCCAGGAGCCUCAGGUGAGCCUCAGGUGAGCCACGAGGCACCCACCAGGCCCCGGAUCUCACCUCACCUGGCUGGCCAACCCCCCCAACCCCAAGAACCCCCCCACCCCCCCAACUUUCCCAUCUACUGUCUCGUAAGUCCUGCAUGGUGACACGCCCGUAAGUUCUGGCUGUAAGUAGUAUGUAGCCACGCCGCUUUACGCAUAUAUAUAUAUUCGUCUCCAGAGGGCGUAUAUACACACGUGGCUCCACCUCCCACACACCUGUGCUGGUCAGCGAUGCUCUCUCCACAACAACAACAGCUCCAUCCUCACUUCAAAACAAUUCCUCAUCGUGUUAUUGUCUUUGUUUUGUAUAUUAACAUGUACUAAUCACUCAUCUCAUAUCAUCAAAUCAAGAAUUUGUCUUAAAACAGAUGUUUGCCGAAAUGAUCUUUUUUUAAUAUUGAAAGGAUAUUCAGUCUUGGGUUUUAUAAUUCUGUGGUUUAUUUAUUAGCCGGUGAUCCUUCUCAUGCAGCAUGCUGUCUCGGUACUGUGACCUGGUACCGUGACCCGGUACGGUGACCCAGUACGGUGACCUGGUACUGUGACCCGGUACCGUGACCUAGUACGGUGACCUGGUACCGUGACCCAGUACGGUGACCUGGUACCGUGGCCCAGUACGGUGACCUGGUACGGUGACCUGGUACGGUGACACAGUACGGUGACCUGGUACCGUGACACAGUACGGUGACCUGGUACCGUGACACAGUACGGUGACCUCGUACCGUGACACAGUACGGUGACCUGGUACCGUGACCCAGUACGGUGACCCGGUACCGUGACCCAGUACGGUGACCCAGUACGGUGACCUGGUACCGUGACACAGUUCGGUGACCUGGUACCGUGACACAGUACGGUGACCUGGUACAGUGACACAGUACGGUGACCUGGUACCGUGACCCAGUACGGUGACCCUGUACCGUGAACCAGUACAAUGGGAACCAAUAGAAGGAUAAAGACCAGGUACUUAUAUGAAUAUGUUCAUUUUCUAUAAUACAUUCGACGUGUGUUAAGGAAUCACCAAGUUACGAUUCACCACUGUAACUUAUCGGGGUUCCUUGUUACAAGUGGGCCACGGGUGGCUCGGCCUGGCCACUAACUUCACAAGUGGGCCACGGGUGGCCCGGCCUGGCCACUAACUUUCCAAGUGGGCCACGGGUGGCCCGGCCUAGCCACUAACUUCACAAGUGGGCCACGGGUGGCCCGGCCUGGCCACUAACUUUCCAAGUGGGCCACGGGUGGCCCGGCCUGGCCACUAACUUUCCAAGUGGGCCACGGGUGGCCCGGCCUAGCCACUAACUUCACAAGUGGGCCACGGGUGGCCCGGCCUGGCCACUAACUUCACAAGUGGGCCACGGGUGGCCCGGCCUGGCCGCUAACUUCACAAGUGGGCCACGGGUGGCCCGGCCUGGCCACUAACUUCACCCGCGGCCCACGGGUGGCCCGGCCUGGCCACUAACUUCACAAGUGGGCCACGGGUGGCCCGGCCUGGCCACUAACUUCACAAGUGGGCCACGGGUGGCCCGGCCUGGCCACUAACUUCACAAGUGGGCCACGGGUGGCCCGGCCUGGCCACUAACUUCACCCGCGGCCCACGGGUGGCCCGGCCUGGCCCACUCUUGUUCCCGGGAGUGUCUCCACGGCCACUCCUUCACCCAAAAUAUAACUUAGAUAUUGUUACUUAGGCACAACCCCAUUUCUUCUUAACCCUUCAGCCUCUUAAGAUUAAUAAACUUAAAAAUCUUGA